CCAACAUCCAGUUCGUCAAUAACGAAAGAAGCUGCAAAGAAUAAUUGAUGCAAAAAAGUGGCCUGCAAAGUGUUUCUAUCCCUUCUAGGCGUAUUCCGGUGGCCAAAGGAUAAAGCGUAAGCGAGCGUCUGCCGGGUGCAGUCGGUAGCGUGGAAGGUAAAUGCAAUGAGCAGCGUCGGAAGUGCCAAAUCCGACGACGGAAAGCGACCGUCCAAUAACAAGAAUGGCGAUUGGAUUUGUCCGGAGCCCGAUUGUAAGAAUCUAAACUUUGCCCGUCGCAACCAGUGCAACCGGUGCGGAAAGGAGCGUCCCAACAGCGGCUCGCGGCAUGGAUCGGCGGCCAGCGACUCGGACGGCGGUGGCAGCAGUGGGGGUAAAAAGAAAGUGGGCACCGAGAUUGGCAAGGCGGCGGCGGAAAAAUCGCGCGGUCUGUUCAGCGCCGAAGACUGGCAGUGCAACAAAUGCGCCAACGUAAACUGGGCCCGUCGGCACACGUGCAACAUCUGCAGUGCCCCUCGCUUUUGCGACGUCGAGGAACGGACCGGAUACGGCGGCGGCUACAACGAUCGUGGCGUAGUGGAAUACAAAGAUCGAGUUGAAUCCGACGAUGAGUAUGAUGAGUUUGGGCGUCGGAAAAAACCAAAAUCAAGACCGAAGGAGCAGAACAAUCGCUCGGUCGGACAUCGACGGCGCAGAAGCGAUUCGAGCGAUAGUGGUGAACGGGAGAACAGUCAGCGCAGGGAGCGGAAAAAGUACGACGCCGACUCGGACGCCGAAGAUGAGGAAGACGAUGAAGAGGACGAGGAGGAUGAGGACAAUGAGGAUCUCUCCAAGUACGAUCUCUGGGGAUCCGAUGGUGGUGACGGCGGCGAUGAGGACGACGCAGGAAAGAAACCGGUCGCGAAAAAUUCCAGCAACAACCACAAACCCCCAUCACAGCAGCAGCAGCAUCAUCACCAACGUUCUCGCUCACGAUCACACUCACGAUCAAAAUCUCCCAGUCGCGAUCGGCGUCAUCGAUCGAGCGACCAGCAUCAUCACAGGGCCUCCACAAAAUCGACGGCUUCCUCGACUAGUCACACGAAACGUUCCAGCUCGUCGCGCCGCCAUGGACGGUCCCGAUCGCGGUCGCUUUCCCGCUCACGCUCACGCUCUCGCUCAAGAUCCCGGUCGCCUCGGUCGUACAGGCGCAGCAAGGAUCGACGGCGCUAAUGCAUUUCGCAAGCUUUACUGCUUUGCCGAUCAAGGUUCAAUGUUGAUGGAAAAUAAACGUGUAUAUUUUAGGACGAAAUAAGCGUUAGUUUAUCACAAUUUGCUUUCAAACUCCAUUCCGCACAAAAUCUCCACAUUUCAUUAGUGACGCCCAGAACGCCAUCGAUUGUUUGAGUGAAUCAAUACAAUAGGGAAACAGUGCAUCAUCAUCGUUUGCAUUGAAGCCAAGAACAAUACCGAGCAAUACUCGAAAGUAUUUAUUUUCUCACCGAACCUCAAAUAAACUGCAUUACGAACAUUUGUUUGGCAA